AAGCGAAGUAAGUUCACUCAGGGCUUGCGUUUCUACAUGCUCUGGAAAGAUUAGUGCGCUGGAAUAAGAGAAAUUAUUUCGGCCCAAACAACUUUAAGACACAGCUAAACGUGGACGCGUUGCAGCGCUGUGAGCGUCAAAGUUUUAGAAAUGGGAGUUGGAACGCGUUCUUCAGCCAAGAAAACUCAGGGUAGGUGGCAUGUUCGACCGCUCGCCCUCACGAGAGAAAACGUGUUUUGAAUGUGGGUUGUUUGGAAAUUCCUUCACAAGCUAGCGAGAAGAUUGAUAAAUUAUAAUGCUUUGAUUUCAGAAGAGGAAGAGUUAAAGGCCAAGUUGGCAAAUAGAGUCGACGCUGAGACUCAAACGGACCCUGAUAUUACGGGAGUUGACGCUGACGAUUUCGAAGAAGAUGAUGGCGAAGAAGAAUCAGGCUCGGAGAGCAGCGAAGAGGAGGAGGAUGGAGAUGGAGAAGACGCACAGUCCAAGGGUGUCGACAAGGGAACGUCUUCUAAACCAGUGCGCCGCAAAAUCAUUGAGCUGAAGUAUUAUUUUGGAGAAGAUUUACCCGAUGCAGAGCUCGACAAACGUAAGUGUGAUAUCGAUAAUUUUGCUCAAAGCACAUGGCAAACUUGCAUAAAUUAGUGAUUACAGUCUGGAAUUUUACUCCGAACGGUUCUGUUAUUUUGCGAUUUAAAAAUCUUGUUGAACGACUGUAGAGUGUCUUUUUGCAAAUUCUGGGCACAUCUCCUUAUUGCAGAUGAGGUAAAUACGUAGUUUGGAGAAAACGCGAGUUUCCAUCGUGAGUCUGAUCUCGGAUGACUCGGAAUUCAAGACAAGUCUAUUUAUAUGCGUGCUUAUAAUUGCAUACAUCACAAGGCAGGACUGUAAAGAUAGCUACAUAAGCUGAUCUAAACUCCUAACAAGAUAUACAUUCUUCUCACGGGUUCAGAGAAUAUUGCCUGUGUUUCAGCGCAAACGUUUCGCCAGCCAUGUCCUUUGUAAACAUUUUAGGCUUAGGACUAAAAUUUCUCGCUUCACACACAUUUAUUAGCAUAUGCAUGUAUUGGUUUACACUUACAGUGAAGUGAAUGAAACUAAAAAGAUCACAGCGAAAACGAAGCGAAAAACCAAUGCUUUGUUUGAUUUCAGCUAUAUUUAUACAUGAGGAAAAUUUUCGCAUGUCUCCCGAAAUUCCCACGUGAGGAAAUUUCCACUUUCAUUCGCUACAUUUUUGGUGUCACGCAUGCUAAUUUUGGAAAACCAUUCAAGUGUACAAACUACAGGGACGCUGAAUUGGCUUCCGUUGCUGUCAUUUAUAUGCGACCUACAUUUCGUUGAUUGAAAGAUAAAGAACUGGUGUUGCAGUUAACUUUAAUCGUUGCAUGGAUACUCGACAUAAUAAUUCAGCUCCAGACAGACUCUAUUGCGAUGUUUACAAAAACUUACAUGUGCUUUAGAGAAGAAAGGUUUCAUUUUCUCAUUAAAAUCCUACAUUUGGAUUGUAUACUUGUUGUAUACAGUUAAUAUUUUGGGGCCCUAGCCUACAAAAUUAGAAUUUUCCAAAACAUGUUCUCUAUAGUAUUUAACAUCUCCAAGCAGACGAUGAGGUGGUUUGUAGUGAUAGGGGCAAAUUUUUUCACAACACCCUAAGCCUAAAACUAGUUUUCAUUAAUUUAUAAGAGCUGUCUAGACCAACUUUGCAAACUUUGAGGGCCCACAACAAGAGUGACUUGUACACAUGUAAUCAAUAAGGCCUGGUAUGCAUGUGCUUACUAAGUAGUUAAUUUAGGAAUUAAGUUGAUUUGUCAGCCUGCAGGGGUGGAUCCAGGAUUUUUUAUUGGGGAGUUGGCUGACACCAAUCAGCCACUAAACUAUACGUUAUUAAAUUUAUUUUAAGUUGUCCUUUGCCCCAAAACAUGGCGAUUUAGGAAGGACAAAUUGAAGACUGUAACACUGAAACUCUUGAUGCGCCACAAAGUAGAAGAAAUAGAAGCUAAUAGUUACUACCCUAAUACAACAACAAUAACAACAAGUUUAUUCAGUAUUACCAUUUUCUACAGGUGUUACCAAUUAAAAUAACAAUAAUAAACAGCUAAGUUUAAGGAAAUGCAGAUAUAUGUUUCUUUCGUCUUUCAAAUGCUUGAAAGAUGAAAUUAGCAGCUAGCCUGCUGAUAUGUGAAUCAGUAUUGUUAAAAAGAAAACAGACUUUCACUAACACUGAAACUCUUGAUACACCACAAAGUAGGAGAAAUAGAAUAAAAUAAUUACUACCCUUGUCAGCCAAAAGUGAAGAUGAUGUCAUUCGUCUAGGGUGCAGCGCUACAAAUUUCUCACAAACCACACUUGUAAAUUGCGUUUGUUUUUCGAGUCGUUUGGUGGUUAUUGUGUUGUAGGCUUCUAUAUUCUGUAAGCUGUUUCUUAUUGCAAUAGCAAUAGCUGAACCAGUCAUUCUUGGCAGAUUACACAUGUCGAUCAGAACCCUGUGCUUUAUUGGCUUGGAUGGAUCAGCAAUGAAGUUAAACAGGCAGAGAUACCCUGACAACACUUCUUCACAACCCUGAGAAGCUUUUUCGUCCACAAUUAAUGCUAAGUGGGGAUUCCUCUCAAGGCAUUUCUGAAAAUAUUCACAUUGUGAGGCUAGAUGACUUCACAUAGUUUCCGGGAUCAACGUAUUGCCAUUUGUUUUCCCACAAAUUAUAUUUUUCUGGUGGGCUGUUCUAAAGGGGGAUGGCUAGCCACCCAAUCCACCCCCCUGGAUCUGCCCCUGACCUGAAAUUAAUGGCAGGGGUUUUGUCCUUUUCACAAAUUGUUCUGUUUAGCUAAAUGCCAUUUCCACAGAAAAGUUGGAUUUGUAAAUUUAUAUAUAAUAAAAUAUUUGUUGUUGGGUGAAUUUUCUGGAAUGGUUUAAACAGUAACAUCAAUAAAAUACUCAGCACCGUAAGCAUACUAUGUACGAUGGAACGAGGAUUGCAACACUGAAAUCAAAUUUAAUACUGUAAUCUUCCAACACCACGCAAAAACCUUAUUUGAAACUAUUGUUGGCUGGUGACGGGCAAAUGUUCGGAUGUACUGGAGAUAACCUUUUGGUCACAUAUAUGAACUUUUAAUAACAGUAUUUUUAAAAUUAUUAGUGGCCUGGUCAUCUCAACUUCUGCAAUUGGAUACUCAACUUAAUGGGUUCUCUUUUCAACCCAAAAAAGCUCUUGCUUUUGAAAAAGUUUGUCAAGAAUUUAAAAGAAAAGUGUUUUGCGAGGUGCAAUAAUCUUACCUGUAAGAUGGAAGCCAGUUGUUUGAGGGGUGAUAUAGUCACAAGUGCAAACUGUAUCAUUUUGUUUCAUGCUAGUAAUUAACAUUUUUAUUGCCUCAAUUACAAACCUCCUAUACCUUGUUAUGUUUGAUUUAACAGUGAUUCUUUACUAAUAUUUUUAUUCUUUGGUCGCUUUCAACAGUUGCACAGGCAGAGGUAAUCGUUCCCCCUGGACUUGAAGUCAAAGAAUCUAACAUUCCCAAGGCUGGUUGUGGAGUGUUUGCUAAGUGUGUAAUUCCCAAACAUGACUUUUUUGGUCCAUUUAUUGGCAAAAAGAUUCCUGCAGAGGAAGCAAAGAAGUAUAAAGACUCUCUAUAUGUUUGGGAGGUGAGACCUUGUUUUAUUUGCUUGUUAUUUAAACAACAGAACAAAAUAAUGAUGAUUGGUUGGUAGACAAUGAGGUAAGGUAGGUAAAAGCACAUACAAGCCAAAGUCCCAAUUUAGCCGGAGCUUAUCCUGGUGUCUUAAGCAUGAAGCAAUUGCCUAGGAGUAUUGCUUCUCCACCCUGGAUAGGAUGCUAGUCUAUCACAGGGUUACCCCCCAGAAGCAUGUUGCCGGUACCCAUUUAUACACCUACAGCUGUAGGUGAAGAGAGACAAAGGGGAGUUAAGUUUCUUGUCUAAGGAAACAAUGUGACGGGCGAGGCUUCAAACGCGGACCUCCAUAUCCGAAGUUUGAGGUUAACCUGCUCAACCACAUACGCCCCCACCAGUAGACAAUGAAGCUAAAUAUAAUCAUCAGUAUCUUUUUUGAGUUUGGUCAUCUGGUUCACUUAACUUUAAAUCGUGAAAGAUUAUUAUUGUUCGUCAAAAGGGUUUUUAAAGUCAAGUUUCUUUUGCAGAUGAUUGGAUCUGCCAGAAAUGGACACUGGUUUUGAAAAAGUUGUGUUAAUUUCUUGUUAAUUGCUGUCUUUUUUGAUCCUGUUUUCUAACUGUUUGACCUUUGAGAUUUGAGUUGUUAAAUGACAUUGUAGCAUACUUUGGUCAAGCCACUGGUAACAUUUCAUGCAUUAGUCAAAUUUAUUUUGUGAUCAAUUAAUUUUAUUUGAUACAGUUGUUUGUUUGUUUCCCUAAGAAUGUAAAAAUGGCAGGGGAGGAGUGGGAUCAAAAGUUUUAAUCUUCCUCUAAUAAACAUGAGGCCUGCCUUUAGAUUAUUAGAGAUACAGUUGUGGAGGAUAAAAGCAGUGUCACAAACUUGUAGGUACGAGAUGACUAUGGCAAGCUGAUGCAUCUGGUUGAUGGUCGUGAUGCAUUUCAAUCCAAUUGGUUGCGCUACGUGAAAUGCUGCCGCAGCCCAGCUGAUCAGAACAUCCGUGCUGUUCAGUAUGAUGGAAAUAUCUAUUACAUGGCAACCAAACAGGUUGAGGUUGGAGAAGAACUCCUGGCAUUUUAUGGAGAAAAGUUUGCCCGGAUGCUGGGGAUAAAAGUGCCAAAGAAAACAUCUUCCAAGGAGAAAGGUGUGUAUUUCAUCCUCUCCGUCUUACAACUAACUGCCGCCUGGUUAGCUCAGUUGCGAGAGCCCUGACCUGUCUGCCGAGCAGGAAGACACAGGUUCAAUCCGUGACCAGCUGGUCCAAGAACCAGAGUCUUAAUAACCUGGUAAGAUCAUGGAGGCUGUGAUUCAAGAUUUUGUCUCAGUUCAGAUGAUCGCAUCAUUGGGUGGUGACGUUAACUAAGCUGUUGGCUUUGUAUCCUUCAUCCUUCCUUAUCAACUGGAAAGGGGCGUGAAGGAACGAAAAGAAUUUGAAAAGAGUAGAUGUAGACCUUGUGGUGUGGUCUACAUUUCUCAUGGGGGAAGGGACCGUUACUAGCCUGCAGUGACCCUGCCAAAAAUUGGCCAGUCUAAGAAUAAUAAUUGUCCCUGUUUGUAAUUGGCUCAGGGACAUCAGGGUGAUAAAUGAAAUCCUAUUUUUUUUGCACCUGUGAAGUACACGUACAUAGUAUUGUUGGUCUGACCUCCUACCUGCAUAUUGCCGGUAUCCACCAGCCAGGCGAGUUGGGUGGGGUGGGGGGGGGGGAACUGCCAUAUAUGGGCUAUAUAGGUGUGUGCCACUGUGAAGAGUAUGGUUUUUAAGCAGUUCAAGGGAAAGGAAAUUUAGUUCGCGCUAUUGGGAAAUUUGAGUUAUCUGAGUUCGAGUUAUCAAAAUUCUACUGUAUUAUUGGUUGAAGAUUUUGGUCUUCACAAGGCAAACAGGGAACUGACACCGAAAAAAUGCAAUUGGCAAAUUUACAUGUAAGUUUACUUGCAACUCAGUUUUGUAGCAAUAAAUUAGCAUCUGAGGUUUCUGGAAAAUAGCGACUAUAGGAUAGGGAGGGAUUUUGGGAGUUUAGUCUAUGGAUAGGAUUCCCAGCUGCACAUCCCCACCCCAGAAGUCCUCAAGCAUCCCAAGAAUUUAUUGAUAAAGACCUAUCAGGACUUGAACCAGUGACUCCCAUAAAAAUGUCUCUUUUUUUUCUCAACAGAACCUGCUGAUGAAAGUUUUGGCUGCAAAAACUGUGGAAAAAUGUACAGUAACCCUGCAUCACUUAUUGGUCAUCUUAAGUACAAGUGCAAUACAGGUAUUGAAAACAUUUUAUUUUUUGCAUGAAGUCUUUAAACAAAGGACCAAAUUAAAAGCCAUUUUUUUACUACCGAAAAGAUGCAGUAUACUUACAGCUGUGCAUGUCAUGUCAAAUCAUGCCUUCACCGAUAUAUAAGCUAAGGCAAUCACAAAAAUAAUUUAAGAGCUUAGUUAAAAGCCUUUUCAUGGCUAUCUUAUUUCACUCAUCCAUUCAAUUCAAUCUUUUUCAUUUUUUCAGGACAGCAAAGGAGCAUAUUUGUACCUCAGCCUGUCGGUCCACGUGCUGCUAUUCCUAAGAUCAAGGUGACUGAAGAGUAUGCUCGCCAACAGAAUGAGAAACUAAAGAAGUUUAAGUGUGAUGAGUGUGGAAAGGCAUUCAUCCGCAAUUACACCUUACAGUGUCACAAGUUGAUUCAUACUGGUAUAAAGGAACACAAGUGCGCUGAAUGCGGCAAGGAGUUUACCCUGCUGAAGCAUCUUCAACGACACCAGCUGGUUCAUACUGGAGAGAAGCCUUACAAAUGUCACCUCUGUGGACGUGCAUUCUCCCAGCAAGGCAGUCUUCAGGCUCAUAGCCGCACUCAUACUGGAGUCAAGCCCUAUUCAUGUAAAAUCUGUGGGCGGGCCUUUGCACUGCAGUCUCCACUACUGUCCCAUAUGAGGACACACAGUCAAGAGAAGGCCUUCAAGUGUGAGACCUGCGGAAAGGCUUUCACUCACAGGAACACCUUGUCCAGGCAUGAGCUCAUCCACACUGGUGUCCGCCCAUUUAAAUGCGACCAAUGUGGCAAGACCUUUACUCAGACCAACGAUCUCAAGCGCCACAGUCGCAUCCAUACUGGUCUGCGUCCUUACAAGUGUCACAUUUGUAACAAGACCUUCACAGUGGAAUUCACAUUGGUUUGUCACAUCCGCACCCAUACUGGUGUUCGCCCUUACAAGUGUGACCACUGUGAUAAGACCUUUACCCAGCCUGGUGCCCGACUGAAGCAUGCGCGAAACAAUCACCCUGACAAGCCACUUCCAGGAAAGGUGAGUUGAACAUUAAAUUGUUGUUUUAUUUAUUUAUGUGUCUCACAAUAAUAGAAAUACAGUACACAAUGUGUAAGGUAAUUAAUGAAAAGAAGUGGAGAGGAGACCUAACAGAAACUGUAGGAGCUUUUGAGAGGUAAUAGGCCUCCUUGAACUUAAUGAGCUGUAACUGAAAGAUGGUGUAAAGUCAAAGGUAGAAAAGAUUUAUGACCGGUUUUUAUAUGUACUUAUCAAUUUUAAUCUUUAGUAUUUUCUUAAAGGAGGACAUGAAUUAAAAAAAACUUAGGUCCUUGAAAAAACAAACUGAGAACUUCUUAGUGUUUGUUCGACAGUAGGAUAGAUUGUAGGCCUGGGAAUUUCUUGUAUUGUAACGGUGGAAUUGAUUGCUUUGGAAGACUUUGUUACAAAACCUUGGAGGCGAGAAUGAAUUUUUGUGAGAAUACGUUUACUAUGAACUCCCAUAACAGUGGACAACCUCAGGACUGUGAGGUAGCCUCUGUAGUAGCAAGAAUUCAUAAUAGCUAGAGUCUAUUUCAGUCAAGGGUCUGUAAUAUUUAUUUUUGGUGGGGAUUUAGUUGCUGAUUGUGUCACCAGAGAGUCCGUAAUAGCAUUAAAUGAGAGGUGCAGGNUCACAUCCGCACCCAUACUGGUGUUCGCCCUUACAAGUGUGACCACUGUGAUAAGACCUUUACCCAGCCUGGUGCCCGACUGAAGCAUGCGCGAAACAAUCACCCUGACAAGCCACUUCCAGGAAAGGUGAGUUGAACAUUAAAUUGUUGUUUUAUUUAUUUAUGUGUCUCACAAUAAUAGAAAUACAGUACACAAUGUGUAAGGUAAUUAAUGAAAAGAAGUGGAGAGGAGACCUAACAGAAACUGUAGGAGCUUUUGAGAGGUAAUAGGCCUCCUUGAACUUAAUGAGCUGUAACUGAAAGAUGGUGUAAAGUCAAAGGUAGAAAAGAUUUAUGACCGGUUUUUAUAUGUACUUAUCAAUUUUAAUCUUUAGUAUUUUCUUAAAGGAGGACAUGAAUUAAAAAAAACUUAGGUCCUUGAAAAAACAAACUGAGAACUUCUUAGUGUUUGUUCGACAGUAGGAUAGAUUGUAGGCCUGGGAAUUUCUUGUAUUGUAACGGUGGAAUUGAUUGCUUUGGAAGACUUUGUUACAAAACCUUGGAGGCGAGAAUGAAUUUUUGUGAGAAUACGUUUACUAUGAACUCCCAUAACAGUGGACAACCUCAGGACUGUGAGGUAGCCUCUGUAGUAGCAAGAAUUCAUAAUAGCUAGAGUCUAUUUCAGUCAAGGGUCUGUAAUAUUUAUUUUUGGUGGGGAUUUAGUUGCUGAUUGUGUCACCAGAGAGUCCGUAAUAGCAUUAAAUGAGAGGUGCAGGGAAUUGAUUGCAAAUAGGUGUUGCCAGUCACAAUUUUUUGUUAUUUUUUAUGUUGUGGUGGCACCUUUAACUAGGCUACUAUUUGAACCCUUUUACUCUUAAAUGGUGAGAUGAUCUGAUAUCUAGCUUUUACUUGUCAACAUUCAAAUGAACCUCUUUGGCUAAACUUUUGCAUAUUGCGAUUUAGAUUUUAGAAUUUUACCAAAAAAAUUGAAUUUUUUAUUAUUUUGUUCACUUUUUGGGAUUAAAGAAUAUUAUAUUGGCUUAAAAACAGGAGGUGAAAUGCUGAUCUCAUAUCAUUUUUUCCUCAUGUUAUUUUAAGGAGACAAGUACAGCUACCUCAGCAAGUGCAACCACAUCACCCUCUCAAAGUGAAGAUCAAGAUGUUGAGUUGACUGAUGUCAGUGAUGAUGCUCCUGCCUCAACCGAGGUGUCCGGUGCUGAAACUCCACAGGCUGCUAAUGAUGUUGUUGAGGUGCCUUUGGAGGCUGGCUCUGUUGUUGUGGAUGUUGAAAUUCAACUGCCGUCAGCAGCUGUUGCACCAUAAGCCACUUAAAGUAGCUGCUGCAGAAUUAAUCUUAACCUUCCUCAUAGAAGGUUUUGGUUUUUUUGCUUUGGUUAUGACUUGCCCCUCCCCCCUGGCCUUUGUCUUGCGAGCUUAACCUCUUCCUUGGGUUUUAAAUGACCGUUUUUGUUUGGAGUACGGAUAUAAUUAUUUGGAACUGCCAAGCAACUGUGACUAGUUAAAAAAGUUUUGGUAGUUUGUAGAACCUCCAACAGGAUCCCUUUUUUACUCAAGCAAGAUGUCAUUGUUUUAGUGGUCAUUUUGGGUUGGUACCAAAUUAUCUUCCUUAAUUGCUGGUCUUGGGGCAAUAAUCCUUUUAAAUUUGUCCAGCUAUUUUUAGUUAACAAGUAAAGCUGGAUCAUUGUGUGCAUGCACACUGGUAAAUUUAAAAAAAAAAACUGAAAAGUUGAGCCAUGAGAGUUCUAAUGAUGAGUUAUUAUAAGCUGUUAUAAUGGUGUUAGUCGAAGAGGUGAAGGGAGGAACGACCUCUGUCAAGUAAAAAAUGUCUCAGGGCAUGUAAGCUUAUAACUUUUUACAAAGUUCUAUUUACCUUAGACCAAAGGGAAUAAAAAGACAUUCUGAGGUAUCACAAUAUCAACCUUAGAAGGGUGAAGAGAACCAGAGGUUUAUUUAGUGAUUCAUAUUUGUUAUUGGUGUAGGAAUUAAUUAAAUAGAAUUUGAAACUGAUUGUGAUAGAAUUGAUAGGUUAGAAAAUUGAUAUUGCUUCUCUCCUUAGCAUGGCAGGCCAUUGCAUGCAUACAAAGUAACUAAAGAGUAAAGGAAAUUCUGGAAAUUCGAUUUUGUAUGAUUAUACCUGUAGAUGCCAAUGAUAUUGAACUUUGCCAUGUAUCAUUCUGGCUUAUU